AUGUGGCAGCCCGAGCCAUUCCAUAAUGAGUUGGUCUCUAUUAUGGAUGAAUUAAUGAUGUCAUUGGAGGAGGAAAUUGACAAAUGUAUGGCGGUCUCGGUCUCCUCAACACAAUACAGCACAGACAUUGAUGCAGGAGAGACAGGGGAAAUUGAAAGAGAAUCCAAGUUGGAGGUAAAAGUAAGUGGCCGACUUUACUUCUAAAAAUACAAAAUGUUAUCUUACGUGCUACUCAUUUGUUUUAUAUAAACAGCUUGGAUACAGCUUGUUGUUGAAUGAAACAUAAGUAGCCUGUUCUCUGAUUGUAGGUCCAGUUGACAUGUGUGAUGAAACAGACUAUCACCAAAAUUAACCAGUUGAUCUCCAAAUGCACUGCAGCCCUGCGUUCAGCGUUAUGCCAGAGUCAAAGUGAGAUGAAAUCUCUGAAAAUGAAGUUAUUGGAGAUGGCUGAUGGUAAGAAAAUACCUGAAAAGACAGUGGGAAGAGCCCCACAUACUGUGGAAGAGGAGGAAUGGACAGAAGCACCAUUAUCACCAGAGUUUGCAGAGGAUUUUGAGGUAUGUUAUAUUUUACAUGUUUGCAAGAAUUGUGCAGUUUGACCAUGGGGCUGAAGUUAUCUGUGGGAAUGAGCCUUUUACUAUUAUUAUCCUUGAAUCCCAGGACUGACUGGUAAUGCCAUUGUACCCUUGGGCACUGCUCUGCGACUGAGUUAGAAUUCCAAAAAUUGCAAUCCUUUUUCAGGUUGACAUUCUAACUCCCAGUGUUGAGGCUGCCAACACUACAAAAUGCAAGAAGGAGACCACAAUCAGAGCUAGAACCAUAGAGAUGGAACAAUGUUUUAUAUCUCUGGCUAAAAUACCUUCCUCCUCACUCACUGAGUCUAUCAAACAGUUGGCUAGUACAGACAAAAAGGCAGCAUGCAGGCCUACAGACAAAAAGGCAGCAAGCAGGCCUACAGACAAAAAGGCAGCAAGCAGGCCUACAGACAAAAAGGCAGCAAGCAGGCCUACAGACAAAAAGGCAGCAAGCAGGCCUACAGACAAACAGUCAGCAAGCAGGCCUACAGACAAAAAGGCAGCAAGCAGGCCUACAGACAAACAGUCAGCAAGCAGGCCUACAGACAAACAGUCAGCAAGCAGGCCUACAGACAAACAGGCAGCUAGUACAGACAAACAGUACAGACAAACUAGUACAGAUAAACAGUCAGCAAGCAGGCCUACAGACAAUCAGGCCCCAAGUACAGACCCCCAAACUCCCAGUGGGAACUCUGUGAUGUCCACCAGACCCAGGAGGAAGAAGAAGAGAACAGAAGCACAACCCAUGGUGGCAGAAUCAGACGGAAGUGAGGAAAAUGCCAAUGAUGACCAAUGGGAGGAGGAGAAUGCUAAAGCUGGACAAACCUCGAAUGACGAAUCUGUUCACAACAUAAAGCAAAGGCCCAACAUAAAAAAAAACAAGACUACCACCACCAGGAAAGAGCACCACUGUCUGGACUGCGGUAAGGUUUUUAAGAAUUCAAGUAAUUUAAAACUGCAUCAACAGACUCACACAGGAGAGAGACCUUAUUGUUGUGAACUAUGUGGGAAAUGUUUCCCGACUGCUUGGAAGCUCAGACUACACCAAGCAGUGGUCCACAGAAGGGAGAAGCCGCUUGAGUGUCCAACAUGUGGGAAGUGCUUUGCAACAAAGAGUUAUUUGGACACUCACGCAAGCGUUCAUUCAACAGAGAAACCGUUCCGAUGCCUCGUGUGUCAGAAGUGUUUUAAAAGUAAAAAGGGCUUCAAGGAACACACAAUGAUGCACAGUUCAAAUUCAAAUUCAUAUGCUUGUGACAAAUGUCCAAAAGCCUUCGUAAAGUUGAAAUACCUCAAGAAUCACCAGCUAACUCACAGUGGAGGAGGAGCUCACCGUUGUGAAUUGUGUGGGAAAGGUUUCAAGUCUCCUUCUCAGCUCAAACAGCACCAAUCAUCAGUCCAUAGGAGAGAGAAGCCAUUCCAAUGUCCGACAUGUGGGAAAUGCUUCACAACAAAGACAAAUGUGAAAAAUCACGCAAGUGUUCAUUCAGGAGAGAGAGCAUUCCAGUGCCCUCAGUGUCAGAUGUGUUUCAAAACCAAGUAUACUCUUAACGCCCAUAAGAAGACGCACACGGACUCCAAGCCAUAUGCUUGCGACAAAUGCCCAAUGACCUUUAUUCGGUCGCAUUACCUCAGGAGGCAUGAAGUCUCGCACCUGACCAGCAAGCCGUUUGCGUGCAGCCACUGUGGGAAAGGCUUCAAAGGUGAACGUGGGCUCAAGAGACACGAACGCACCCACACCGAAGACCCGCCUUAUACCUGUGACGAAUGUGGCAAGGGUUUCUAUCAACACGAAUCGUUUCAAGUCCAUGCAGCCUUGCACACCGGAGAGAAGCCGUUCACCUGUGAUUACUGCAGUAAAACCUUUGCUCUGGCGUCCUACCUUAAAACCCACAUAGCGAAUCAUCACUCUGUCACCAAACCCCACGUCUGUGGGAAAUGUGGCAAGAAAUAUAAGGAUUUCACCCAUUUCAGAAUCCAUAUGUUUCAGAGUUGUCCAGAGGAGGCUGCGGUGUUGGUUUGACUUAAAUGUUUUUCAUUGUUAUUUUGGAAUUGUGAAGUUGUAAUAUGUUAUUUUUUCACUACAGAAAUGCAUGUUUACUUGCUAUGAUAGAGCACAGUACCACACAUUCGUUUUGAAAAUAUAUUUUAUGUAUACAGACUUUGGAGUGGAUCUAUAACCCCCUCUUAAAUUACACCCCUGAUUGGAUGCAGGUUACAACCUGUAACUUUCAUUCUGACAAUGCUUUGUUAUUCAUUGUUAUUUUGGAAUUGUGAAUAAAGUUGUAAUAAGUUAUUGUUUCAUUACAAACGUAUGUUUAGUUGUUAAUCAAUAUACAAUAAUAAUAGAGCCUAUCACCCAGUCACUAUUCAAUGACGACUCAAGCCCUCAAUUCGUUUAUUUCACAAUAAUACCUUGAGCAGACAGACACCCUCCCUGAAUUAACACAUCUCCAUGUUUAGAAGUCAUCAAGAUCAUGAAGGGAUGUGAAACAUUUUGACAGUUGCCUAUAGCAUUAUAAUGAAUUGAGCUGACUUGAUUCCUUAUUCUGACAACCAAUCAUAUCUGUUCUACACGAUACGUUUCUGAAUCUAACAUUAUCUAACAACAUCUCUCUGAACAGGCCCCAGCUGUGGCCGCUGGAGCUUGUGGUUAGGACCAGGAGUUUUCACAUGCCCAUGUGACCUCACCAGGAUAAACUGUCUGCAGGCCCUUUAGAAAAGUCAAUGCACUAUCCUCUUAGAAAGGGAAACGCAUAGAACCAGUGUCUGGUUCGUUCAGCAUCCGCACAGGAGGCACUAUAUAAGGCAUUCAUUAUGCUUCAGUGAUACUGUUCAUUAAUAAUACGUAGACAUUCAAAUAGAGAUCAAUCAAUAAUUGCAGUACGUGAGUCAGCUAAAUACUGCAAAUUCAAGUCAUUAUGAUGACUCGACAGGAGUAGAUACUUGCUCACUGAAUGGGACAUUAUCAGUUGCUGUGCAUUGAGAUAUCACAGUAUUUUAAGGAAAUUAUUUUCCCCGAAAGUGUGCUAUAAAGAAAACAUUUUUACAGCGAAAGAUUCCAUUAUUUCCUUCAUUGUUUCGAUGGCAACGUUGCAGAGAUCGUGCUACAAGAUCGACCACUAGACGGCGCACGAGGCUCUUGGAGGAGGGUCUACGUGUUAACAUCCAGUUCAGCAGGUGGCAGUAACGCGCCUUUCUUUAUAACGUACAGCAAUGUUAAGCAGCUAGUGGAAGAAUAGAUCGGUUGAUGUGUUGUCAUAUGGUCUGUGGUUGUACUUAACAUUUAACAUUAGCCGUUGAUAGCUAAUUAACUACCAAAUACAAGAUGUGGCAGCCCGAUCCUUUCCAUAAUGAGUUGGUCUCUGUUAUGGAUGAUUUAAUGACGUCGUUGGAGGAUGAAAUUGACAAAUGUAUGGCGGUCUUAGUCUUUUCCACAAAAGACAGGACAGACAUUGAUGCAGUGGAGACGGGAGAAAUUGAAAGAGAAUCCAAGUUGGAGGUUAAAGUAAGUGGCUAACUUUACUUCUACAAAUUGAAACUGUUAACGUAUGUGUUAAUUAGUUUGCUAUUGAUAGUGCAGGUUGGCAUUUAUUGAGAUGAUUCAUGUACUGGAGGCAGCUCUGCGGAGUGGUCGCUAGCUGGCACAGCCAAAGUCAUAAAAUCUAAUUUUAAACCUAACAUUAACUACACUGCUAACCCUAACCUUAAAUUAAGACCAAAAAGCAAUUUUCUUGUGUUUUCAUAAAUUUUUACGAUAUAGCCCAUUUUUACUUUGCAGCUGGCGAAACUGCCACCAGGGUAGGGUUGCCAGGUUGAGCUAAUAUUUGAAGAGUAAAGAUCACUGAAACCUGACCCAAUGCCGGAAAACUUUCCCUAUUUUUUUUUCUUGCAGCAAGCGGAGUUGCCACAUUUAACCAAUAAACACUUUUUCCAGAGCAGCUUCUAGUUUUGUGCCAACAUCCAUCAAAUUCCUUAACUUAAGUUUUUAUUAGUAUUAUACUGUAGUCUACAUGGUUUUGUGUUAUGUGUCUUGUACAGUGCAUUCUGAAAGUAUUCAGACCCCUUGACUUUUUCCACAUUUUGUGACGUUACAGCCUUAUUCUAAAAUGGAUUAAAUAAAACAUUUUCCUCAGCAAUCUACACACUAUACCCCCAUAAUUUCAAAGCGAAAACAGUUUAUUUUAAAUUUUUGCAAAUCUAAAAAAAUACAUUUAAAUAAGUACCUUAUUUACAUAAGUAUUCAGACCCUUUGCAAUGAGACUCGAAAUUGAGCUCAGGUGCAUCCUCUUUCCAUUGAUCAUCCUUGAUGUUUCUACAACUUGAUUGGAGUCCACCUGUCGUAAAUCCAAUUGAUUGGACAUGAUUUGGAAAGUCACACACCUGUCUAUAUAAGGUCCCACAGUUGACAGUGCAUGUCAGAGCAAAAACCAAGCCAUAAGGUCGGAGGAAUUGUCCGUAGCGCUCAGAGACAGGAUUGUGUCGAGGUACAGAUCUGGGGAAGGCUACCAAAAAAUGUCCCCAAGAACACAGUGGCCUCCAUCAUUCUUAAAUGGAAGACGUUUGGAACAACCAAGACUCAUCCUAGAGCUGGCCGCCCGGCCAAAUGGAGCAAUCGGGGUAGAAGGGCCUUGGUCAGGGAGGUGACCAAGAACCCGAUGGUCACUCUGACAGAGCUCCAGAGUUCCUCUGUGGAGAUGAGAGAACCAUCUCUGCAGCACUCCACCAAUCAGGCCUUUGUGGCCAGACGGAAGCCACUCCUCAGUAAAAGGCACAUGACUGCCGCUUGGAGUUUGCCUAAAGGCACCUAAAGACUCUCAGACCAUGAGAAACAAGAUUCUCUGGUCUGAUGAAACCAAUAUUGAAAUCUUUGGCCUGAAUACCAAGCAUCAAGUCUGGAGGAAACCUGGCACCAUCCCUAUGGUGAAGCAUGGUGGUGGCAACAUCAUGCUGUGGGGAUGUUUUUCAGCGGCAGGGACUGGGAGACUAGUCAGGAUCAAGGCAAAGAUGAACGGAGCAAAGUACAGAGAGAUCCUUGACAAAAACCUGCUCCAGAGCGCUCAGAGCGAAGGUUCACCUUCCAACAGGACAACGACCCUAAGCACACAGCCAAGACAACGCAGGAGUGGCUUCUGGACAAGUCUCUGAAUGUCCUUGAGUGGCCCAGCCAGAGUCUGGACUUGAACUUGAUCAAACUUCUCUGGAGAGACCUGAAAAUAGCUGUGAAGCAACGCUGCCCACCCAACCUGACAGAGCUUGAUAGGAUAUGCAGAGAAGAAUGGGAGAAAAUACCGGUGUGCCAAGCUUGUAGCGUCAUACCCAAGAAGACUCAAUGCUGUAAUCACUGCAAAAGGUGCUUCAACAAAGUACUGAAUAAAGGGUCUGAAUACUUAUGUAAAUGUAAUAUAUAUUUUAAUAAAUUAGCAAACAUUUCUAAAAACCUGUUUUUGCUUUGUCAUUAUGGGGUAUUGUGUGUAGAUUGAUGAGGAGAAAAAAACAAUUGAGUCAAUUUUAGAAUAAGGCUGUAAAGUAACAAAAUGUGGAAAAGUCAAGGGGUCUGAAUACUCUCUGAAGUAUACCAUUCGUCACCACACAUAAAGUUCCUUCCCAGGAAAUAACAUUAAUGAGCGAAUUAAGAUAGAUUAUACAACGGGUGGGUCUAAUCCUGAAUGCUGAUUGGUUUAAACCGUAUUCCAGCCUGUGUCUAUUCCACAAGUUACCACUGGCUAAAUCUAUGACUUUAAAAUAAAUGCCUAUUUACUGUGUUCCAUUUUACUGCGCAAUCCACUGUCUCAUCAACCCAGCUAAGCAAUUUAUAAACUUGAUCUCCACUAUAAAAAGCAUCUAGAUAUUAUCUCAUUUCUUUUAGACUAACAUUUAGUUUUCAACAGCGGAGAUUUGUAUAAACCUUGCAGUCUCUCUCUGACAUUUGCAACAUUGUUUCAAUAUUCAACAAAUAUAUUGGCACGGGUGUUGUUAUUGGCAAACCGAGCCAAUAUACCCUUCAAACACCGGCUUCGAGGGCAUUAUCACUUUUAUACAAAGGGUUACCAACAUAUGUAAAUCAUUAUUUGAAUACUUUCAUUAAAAACAUUAUUUUAAUGAAUUUAAUAAUAUUAUUUCAUCCUUCCACAAGAUAUAGUCCCGACACAAAUCUAGGGUUGCUACCCAAGCCAGCUGGUCGUUCGUUCUAUCGGUUCGGUUGCCAGAGACGUGACCUAGUCGUUCAGUAUUUUUGUUCUGUAUCUAUGGACGCGACCCAGUCAUUCGUUCUAAAUGUUCCAUUGCCAUACUGGCUGGCAACGUUCUUACCAUUUGCUUGCUAGCAAGCCAACUACAGCUAACUUACAGUCACGUCAAACAGUGCAGCCAGAAUAACAACAGUAGCUGCAUUUGUUUUAAGCUGUUUUCUAGUGACAUUUAUUUGGAUACAUCCAUAACAAUGAGCUAAUGAAGCACGAUUUUAACUGGCAUAGAAAAUGUGCUCUCUCGUCAGGACACUGUUGUUCAGAGGAGCUAGCCAACAACACAGCUAACACAAUCACUUCAAACUGAAGCUGGAAAGACCGCAAACUAGCUGUACUUCAUUUGACCUUUUUUCAAUUUAGAUUUCUGUGUAAAUAUCCAUAAAAAUGAUGCCAGCUGAUUCAUGAUUUCUACUGGCUGAGAAACGCUGCCUGCCUGUGUGUCUCGUCCCGACUCCCGAAACGUUCAGUACUACAGUAUACAGAUCUCCGCUGUUGAAAACUAAAUGUUAGUCUAAAAGAAAUGUGAGAUAAUGUCUAGAUGCUUUUCAAGUUUAUAAAUUACCUGGCUGGGAUGUUGAGACAGUGGAUUGUGCAGUCAGAUUGAACAGAGUUAAUAGGCAUUUUAACGUCAUAGAUAUAGCCGGUGGUAAUUUGUGGAAUAGACGCCAGCUGGAAUGCGGUUUUAACCAAUCAGCAUUCAGGAUUAGAACCACCCGUUGUAUAAAAAGGUGAUAAUGCACUCGAAGACGGUGUUAGGAGGAUAUAUUGGCACGGUUUGCCAGCCCGAGACGAAACAACACCCGUAACAUGACCUAAUAAAGGAAUCUGAAUAUAUCGCAAGAAUUAACAUAAUUCAACCUUAUCAAACUCGCCAGAUCAUUUUCCAUCAAUGGAUGUCGAUUUAACUUGUUUGACUGCUAUGAUUAAGCAAUAAGGCCCGAGGGGGUGUGUUAUAUGGCCAAUAUACACCACUAAGGGCAGUUCUUAUGCACGACGCAACGCGGUGCCAUAUUGCUAUUAUAAACUGGUUAAACUUGCUAUUAUAAACCAACAUAAUUAGACCAGUAAAAAUAAAUGUUUUGUCAUAGCCUUGGAUUACGGUCUGAUCUGUCAGCCAAUCAGCAUUCAGGGCUCGAACCACCCAGUUUAUAAUUGUAAAUAAAUUGCCUUUGCACAUAACUAUAGAUAAAUCCGUCAGGAGAGUUUGAGUGAUGAAAGUUGGACAGAGCAAGAAACACUUAGACAAACUUCAAAAAAAGAAAGUUAGGCUAUUUUCUGGCAAUUGUGCCAUUAUUAUGUGCCAGAUGUCAAAACUACAAACCGCUAUAAAUUGCCUAUUUGCGAGAUUGACUUGUCAUUUCUAAAAUCUGGGUUUGUGAUUGUAAUUCAACUUUGCCAUGGUUUGCUUAGCUAGAUGCAGGUAGCAAAGACAGGAGCCCCUGAUAAGCCUAUGUCUCAUUUCAGAUGGCCUACAGUAACGCUAGUAAGGCAAGAUGGCGCCUAAACUGAAGGAUUUAGCAGCUUGCUUAGUUCAAAUUGACAGAAUAAUUUAUUCAGCAUGAAUAGUGAGGCGAUUCGAGGUAAGAAGUACUUGUGUUGCCCAAUAGCCUGCUGGAAUAGGCUGGGAUCGUAAUUUCAAUCACUGAAUCAAAUAUGAUUAAUAAUAUGGAUAUGAACUGAAUAUGCUUAUCUGACUGACUGAUACCGUUAAUUGCGUUCUAACAACAGUUUAUCGUCAAUUGUGAUAGAGGUGUGAUAAUGAUCACAAUUGAAACUUCCAAUUUAAUUAACUUAAAAUGGCCAUUAAUAAAUUUCAUAAUAACACAUGGCUACAACAACAAUAAAUAAGCUAUAGGCUAUUUAUUAAAUCAGUUUGCCAGCUCCAGGUGCGCUACACAAAUGGCACAAAUUGAUUUAAAAAGACUCCAGUGAUCAUCAUUUCAACAUAUUUAUUUUAUUGUAUCAAAUGGUAGGCUACAUUUGAUUAUUAGGCUACUUGAUGGCCAACAGAUGCAAAUGUAUCAUUCUCCACAUUUAAUGUCAGUUUCAUUGUGGACUUUUCCCCGUAACAGAAGCACGCGAGGGAGUUCCAUAACUUCCAUUUCAAAUUUCCACUCACGCAGCGCUCGAGACCCAAGAACUGAGCAUGGGUAAAACCCUUCGCUUGAUACGGUUUUCCAUAAGCAAAGUCCAGUUUAAACCACCUCCGAGCGACUGUUGUCACGAUGUACUCGCGUGCUGCUCAGUCUCCUCUCUCACGUGACUCAGCUGCCUGCUGCUGCAGCAAUCCCCCCCCCCCCCCCCCCCCCCCCCCCCCCCAUUUUGGUUUUUCCCUGAAUUAUAAUAACCAACUCAUUAUCGGGGGGCCUAGGCCCGAGUUGGGAACCCUGUCUCAACACACACACCCCCCCCGGCCCUCCCCACCACUCACUCAUUCAGCAACAGCCUGCCCUUACUGCCUGAUAGUCAGCUGCAGCAGGUCACAGUGAAAUGAAAUAUAUAUUUUUUAAGAGAAAUGCCAUGGCAGCCGUGGUGCAAUUUAUAAGUAGGCCAAAACACGCAACCAAUCAUUUUCACCCGCACAUCGUUUUCAAAGUACCCCAAUUUGGUGAGAGAAACCGAUGACAUGGAAACCCUGCUCCAGGGCAAGACUCAGUGACAAAUGUCAACCGCUUGAAAAAAGGUUGGUGUGGAAUGGAAAAUAAGUAUAUAUCUGUUUUCUGAUUUUAGGUCCAGUUGGACAUGUGUGAAUGGAAAACAUUUGUGAAACAACUAUCGAUAGAAUCCAGCACCAAGCAUUGAAGUUUUUUUUAAUAACCCAAACAAGUUAUUUUUCGUUUGGUUUCAUCUGACCAAUGACAUUCUCCCAAUCCUCUUCUGGAUCAUCGAAAUGCACUCUAGCAACUUCAACGGGCCUGGACAUGUACUGGCUUAGCAGGGGGACACGUCUGGCACUGAGUCCCUGGCGGCGUAGUGUGUUACUGAUGGUAGGCUUUGUUACUUUGGUCCCAGCUCUCUGCAGGUCAUUCACUAGGUCCCCCCGUGUGGUUCUGGGAUUUUUGCUCACCGUUCUUGUGAUCAUUUUGACCCCACGGGGUGAGAUCUUGCGUGGAGCCCCAGAUCGAGGGAGAUUAUCAGUGGUCUUGUAUGUCUUCCAUUUCCUAAUAAUUGCUCCCACAGUUGAAUUUCUUCAAACCAAGCUGCUUACCUAUUGCAGAUUCAGUCUUCCCAGCCUGGUGCAGGUCUACAAUUUUGUUUCUGGUGUCCUUUGACAGCUCUUUGGUCUUGGCCAUAGUGGAGUUUGGAGUGUGACUGUUUGAGGUUGUGGACAGGUGUCUUUUAUACUGAUAACAAGUUCAAACAGGUGCCAUUAAUACAGGUAACGAGUGGAGGACAGAGGAGCCUCUUAAAGAAGUAAAUAAAUUCAUUAAAAAUCCUACAAUGUGAUUUUCUGGAUUUCUUUUUCUCAAUUUGUCUGUCAUAGUUGACGUGUACCUAUGAUGAAAAUUACAAGCCUCUCCCAUCUUUUUAAGUGGGAGAACUUGCACAAUUGGUGGCUGACUAAAUACUAUUUUUCCCCACUGUAAUUAGACCAGUAAAAAUAAAUGUUUUGUCAUAGCCGUGGAUUACGGUCUGAUCUGUCAGCCAAUCAGCAUUCAGGGCUCGAACCACCCAGUUUAUAAUUGUAAAUAAAUUGCCUUUGCACAUAACUAUAGAUAAAUCCGUCAGGAGAGUUUGAGUGAUGAAAGUUGGACAGAGCAAGAAACACUUAGACAAACUUCAAAAAAAGAAAGUUAGGCUAUUUUCUGGCAAUUGUGCCAUUAUUAUGUGCCAGAUGUCAAAACUACAAACCGCUAUAAAUUGCCUAUUUGCGAGAUUGACUUGUCAUUUCUAAAAUCUGGGUUUGUGAUUGUAAUUCAACUUUGCCAUGGUUUGCUUAGCUAGAUGCAGGUAGCAAAGACAGGAGCCCCUGAUAAGCCUAUGUCUCAUUUCAGAUGGCCUACAGUAACGCUAGUAAGGCAAGAUGGCGCCUAAACUGAAGGAUUUAGCAGCUUGCUUAGUUCAAAUUGACAGAAUAAUUUAUUCAGCAUGAAUAGUGAGGCGAUUCCAGGUAAGAAGUACUUGUGUUGCCCAAUAGCCUGCUGGAAUAGGCUGGGAUCGUAAUUUCAAUCACUGAAUCAAAUAUGAUUAAUAAUAUGGAUAUGAACUGUAUAUGCUUAUCUGACUGACUGAAACCGUUAAUUGCGUUCUAACAACAGUUUAUCGUCAAUUGUGAUAGAGGUGUGACAAUGAUCACAAUUGAUAACUUCCAAUUUAAUUAACUUAAAAUGGCCAUUAAUAAUUGCAUAAUAACACAUGGCUACAACAACAAUAAAUAAAGCUAUAGGCUAUUUAUUAAAUCAGUUUGCCAGCUCCAGGUGCGCUACACAAGUGGCACAAAUUGAUUUAAAAAGACUCCAGUGAUCAUCAUUUCAACAUAUUUAUAUUUAUUGUAUCAAAUGGUAGGCUACAUUUGAUUAUUAGGCUACUUGUGGCCAACAGAUGCAAAUGUAUCAUUCUCCACAUUUAAUGUCAGUUUCAUUGUGGACUUUUCCCCGUAACAGAAGCACGCGAGGGAGUUCCAUAACUUCCAUUUCAAAUUUCCACUCACGCAGCGCUCGAGACCCAAGAACUGAGCAUGGGUAAAACCCUUCGCUUGAUACGGUUUUCCAUAAGCAAAGUCCAGUUUAAACCACCUCCGAGCGACUGUUGUCACGAUGUACUCGCGUGCUGCUCAGUCUCCUCUCUCACGUGACUCAGCUGCCUGCUGCUGCAGCAAUCCCCCCCCCCCCCCCCCCCCAUUUUGGUUUUUCCCUUGAAUUAUAAUAACCAACUCAUUAUCGGGGGGGGCCUAGGCCCGAGUUUGGGAAACCCUGUCUCAACACACACACCCCUCCGGCCCUCCCCACCACUCACUCAUUCAGCAACAGCCUGCCUUACUGCCUGAUAGUCAGCUGCAGCAGGUCACAGUGAAAUGAAAUAUAUAUUUUUUAAGAGAAAUGCCAUGGCAGCCGUGGUGCAAUUUAUAAGUAGCCCAAAAACACGCAACCAAUACAUUUUCACCCGCAACAUCGUUUUCAAAGUACCCCAAUUUGGUGAGAGAACCGAUGACAUGGAAACCCUGCUCCAGGGCAAGACUCAUGAUGACAAAUGUCAACCGCUUGAAAAAAGGUUGGUGUGGAAUGGAAAAUAAGUAUAUAUCUGUUUUCUGAUUUUAGGUCCAGUUGACAUGUGUGAUGAAACAGUUUGUGAAACAGACUAUCAUCAAAAUCAACCAGUUGAUCUCCAAAGGCACAGCAGCCCUGCGUUCAGAGAUAUGCCAGAGUCAAAGUGAGAUUAAAUCUCUGAAAAUGAAGCUAUUGGAGAUGACUGAUGGUAAGGAGAUACCUGAAAAGACAGUGGGAAGAGCCCCACAUACUGUGGAAGAGGAGGAAUGGACGGAAGCACCAUUAUCACCAGAGUUUGCAGAGGAUUUUGAGGUAUGUUAUAUUUUACAUGUUUGCCAGAAUUGUGCAGUUUGACCAUGGGGCUGAAGUUAUCUGUGGGAAUGAGCCUUUUACUAUUAUUAUCCUUGAAUCCCAGGACUGACUGGUACUGCCAUUGUACACUUGGGCACUGCUCUGCGACUGAGUUACAAUUUAAAAAAUGUCAAUCUUUUUUUUUUCAGGUUGACCUGCCAACUCCCAGUGUUGAGGCUGCCAACACUACAAAUGUCAAGAAGGAGACCACGAUCAGAGCUAAAACCAUAGAGAUGGAACAAUCAUUUAUAUCUCUGGCUAAAAUACCUUCCUCCUCACUCACUGAGUCUAUCAAACAGGCGGCAAGCAGGCCUACAGACAAAAAGGCAGCAAGCAGGCCUACAGACAAAAAGGCCCCAAGUAUAGACCCCCAAACUCCCAGUGGGGACUCUGUGAUGUCCACCAGACCCAGGAGGAAGAAGAAGAGAACAGAAGCACAACCCACGGCGGCAGAAUCAGACGGAAGUGAGGAAAAUGCCAAUGAUGACCAAUGGGAGGAGGAGAAUGCUAAAGCUGGACAAACCUCGAAUGACGUAUCUGUUCACAACAUAAAGCAAAGGCCCAACAUAAAAAAAAACAAGACUACCACCACCAGGAAAGAGCACCACUGUCUGGACUGCGGUAAGGUUUUUAAGAAUUCAAGUAAUUUAAAACUGCAUCAACAGACUCACACAGGAGAGAGACCUUAUUGUUGUGAACUAUGUGGGAAAUGUUUCCCGACUGCUUGGAAGCUCAGACUACACCAAGCAGUGGUCCACAGAAGGGAGAAGCCGCUUGAGUGUCCAACAUGUGGGAAGUGCUUUGCAACAAAGCAUUAUUUGGACACUCACGCAAGCGUUCAUUCAACAGAGAAACCGUUCCGAUGCCUCGUGUGUCAGAAGUGUUUUAAAAGUAAAAGUGGCCUCAAGGAACACACAAUGUUGCACAAUUCAGAUUCAGAUUCAUAUGCUUGUGACAAAUGUCCAAAAACCUUCCCAAAGUUGAAAUACCUCAAGAAUCACCAGCUAACUCACAGUGGAGGAGGAGCUCACCGUUGUGAAUUGUGUGGGAAAGGUUUCAAGACUCCUUCCGAGCUCAAACGGCACCAAGCAUCAGUCCAUAGGGGAGAGAAGCCAUUUCAAUGUCCGACAUGUGGGAAGUGCUUCGCAGAAAAUAAAAAUUUGAAAAUUCACGCAAGUGUUCAUUCAGAAGAGAGAGCAUUUCAGUGCCCUCAGUGUCAGAUGUGUUUCAAAACCAAGUAUACUCUUAACGACCAUAAGAAGACGCACACGGAUUCCAAGCCGUAUGCUUGCGAAAAAUGCCCAAUGACCUUUAUUCGGUCUUAUUACCUCAAGAUUCAUCAAGCUUCGCACCUGACCAGCAAGCCGUUUGCGUGCAGCCACUGUGGGAAAGGCUUCAAAGGUGAACGUGGGCUCAAGAGACACGAACGCACCCACACCGAAAAACCGACUUAUACCUGUGACGAAUGUGGCAAGGGCUUCUAUCAACACGAAUCAUUUAAAGUCCAUGCAGCCUUGCACACCGGAGAGAAGCCGUUCACCUGCGAUCACUGCGAUAAAACCUUUGCUCUGGCGUCCUACCUUAAAACCCACAUAUUGAAACUUCACUCUGUCACCGAACCCCACGUCUGUGGGAAAUGUGGCAAGAAAUAUAAGGAUUUCACCCAUUUCAGAAUCCAUAUGUUUCAGGGUUGUCCAGAGGAGGCUGCGGCGUUGGUUUGA